AUGAGCGACGAAAAGGAGCUCACGCCCGAGGAGCGCCUCGUCGAGUGGAUGGGUCUCAUCGCAGGCUUCCCCGACACAAAGGGCCACCCCGACUGGAUGACCUCAACCCACCCGCACCUGACCCUCCACUCGACGGCCAUGCCCGGCACCGCGCCCGGCGUCCACCACCCGACGGCGACCUUUGCCUUCACCGUGCCCCCCUCGCACGCCAACGGCCUCAACAACCUGCACGGCGGCGCCGCCGCCUCGCUCUUCGACUACACGACCUCGCUGUCCCUCGCCCUCGUCGCCCGCCCCGGCGCCUGGCAGCACCUCGGCGUCUCCCGCACCCUCAACGUCACCUACCUGCGCCCCGUGCCCGUCGGCACCCACGUCCUCGUCGAGUGCGAGGUCGUCGCCGCCGGCAGGGUCCUCAGCGCCCUGCGCGGCACCAUUCGGAGGAGGAGCGACGGCGCCAUCCUCGUCGUGUGCGAGCACCAAAAGUUCAACACGGACCCGCCGCCCGCCAAGAUGUAG